ACAAGCGUCAUGUCCUCGUCGUCCUCAGGCUCGCUCGUGCCUGCGUCCUCUUUGCCACUUCCGUCGACUUCGACGAGGGGCCAGCGCGUGCUCUCGGAGGAGGCCUACACCACAACGCUGUCGCGCAUCAUCGAGCGCGACUUUUUCCCCGGCUUGGCCAGACUAGAGGCCGAGAACGACUACCUGGACGCGCUGGCGGCCGUGGCGGCGGCAGAAGACGACGACGAUGAUGAUGCUAACGAAGGGCCAGGUGACGACGAUGGCGCGGCCCGCGAGCGGCUCGAACGCGCUGUGCGCCGGCUUGUCGAGCUCGAGGAGAGGGAUGGCGUGCUCACGCCUGCGCCCCGCUCGCCGAGGGGACAGCGACGGGCUGAGGCUGGGACGCCGAGGUGGGACGAGGCGGCGACGCCCGGUCGAGGAUGGCAAGGGCAGACGCCGAAGCAGAGGCGAGAGUGGGACCCCACCCCCAUUCGUCGAGACGAGCGGGCGAGAGACGGCGAGGAUGAGGAUGGAGACGAGGACAAGGAAGAAGAAGACCGGGGGCCCGAGAUCAAGGGCCUGUCCCUUUCGGCUUUUCAGUCCAACUUCACGUCUGAAGACAACGCUUCAUUUCUGUCCAUCAUGGAGGCACGGGAAAGGAGAAGGAGAGAGCAGUACAAGUGGGCGUACGAGUCAGAGAACAAGGCAAAUGAGAGACGCAGACGGGCCGUCAAGGAGGCCGGAGAGGAGGCCCAGAGGGGCUACGCAGCCAGCACACAGACGGCAGCAGGCAAGCUCCUCGAGGGCGCAAGGCCUGUGCCGAAACUCAUCACCACAGGGCAAGAAAGGGACCCGGAGCCAGGCUCCUCCUCUCCAUCGUCAUCGUUGGUACAGUCCAAAGUUGUCGGCCAGGCCGAGAUCAGCCCAGCGACGCAGACGUCGAAGCCGCUCGACAUGUGGUCCCACCAGGCCCGCAACGCCCUCUUCUACCCCCCAGACGCCAACCGCACGACGCUGUAUAGCCGUUCGAGCAGCCUGCUGCGCCCAGAGGACAAGGGCGCCCAGUCCAUCUUCACCUCAGCCGAGCGCCAGCGGCCGAGCGUCGACUUCUCCAACACCCGCUUCAAGGACGCGGGCGACGAGUCCGGCAACGGCGGGCCCAGCGGGGUCGGCGAAGGCAGCCAAUCGCCGAGGAGCAGCCGCAUCGAUGCGGCCAUCGAGGGUUGGGGCGAGACGUCCUCUCGACCUGCCCAAUCCUCCUCUGGGUCGGUGGCAGGCGACGACGAAUCAAAGGCCAGCAGUAGCAUCUCGGUCGCAGGCUACAAUUUCGUCUCGCCGCUCCCCUCGCCCAGACCAGGAGAUCUAGGCCAAGAGCGCAUACGCCAGCUCAUGACCUGGGGUGCUGUCGUUGGGACACCUAGGAGGGUGGGUGGGGCCACGGCGACCACCGAAGAACGAGGCGGGUUCAAGAUCCCACCCACGCCGAAGCGAGACAUGCUCGCGCGCCGUCUGGCCGAUGGCAAGGGCUCACCUGCUCCGACGGCACGAAAUGCCUCUUCCACGACGGCCUCUCGAGGCAGCAAGCGAAAAAUGUCAGACCUGAGCCCGGCUGCUCGCACGCUCCUCGAUCGCACGCAGACGAAGCGCGGGCUGUCGUCGCUGGGAACACGGCUCGUGGGCACACCAAAGAGCGAAGAGGUCAACGUCGAGCGGCUGCGCAGGCAGAGAUGGACGCCGAGUCCCAGUCCACGGCGAUGAUUAGGGCACACAGAUUCCUUCUCAAGCAUUGUACAAUACAGCAUUCCACCGUCCCAAAGCAUGAU